CAGCGUUCAGCGUUCAGCGUUCAGUGCUCAGUGUUCAGUUCUCAGCUUCAGUUCGCUUGGGUUCAGUUCGCAGUCAGUUUGUCAACGGGUCGCAUGCGUGUUCGGAAAUCGGGCAAGCGAGUGUUGAUUUGGAAAUCCAAAGCCAAAGCAAAGUCAGAUACCCCUGAAAGUGCAGUGCCUGUGCAGUGGUAUACCUCAAGUUCUCCGCCAAAUUCUCAAAACUCCACCCAAAAAGGACUAUCAUGGCCUGCGGUUCAACAGGCUGCCUCUUGCUGGGCCUCUUCGCCCUUCCGAUGUUUUUCAGCACAGCCUCCGCGGCGCUGCGAUGCUGGCGCUGCUCGACGGACGUGUCCAAUGGCGAGUUCUGCAACGAUCCCUUCAUGCCGGAGACCAUUUCGGAGCAGCAGCGCUACUGGAGCUACGUGAACUGCACCUACUCCGUGGGCGCGAAGUCGGUGAAUGCCCGGCCCGUGUGCAAGAAACUGGUGCAGGAAGUCUACGGCAAGCGGGUGAUCUCGCGUUCCUGUUUCUACGAGGACAUGGACGACUCGGCGGACAAGUGCGCCAAUGACCAGACCUCGUCCUACAUAAAGACCGUCUACUGCCGCACGUGCACCACGGACGGAUGCAACGGAGCCAGUGGCGCCACCCCACCAGUCCUGCUCCUGAUCCUGCCGCUGUGGCUGGCAGUAUCCUUCCGGCACUUGCUGCUGUGCAAAUGAGCCAAGGAUCUGGCUUAAGGCCCGGACUGAACCGCGUUGAACUGGCCGGGAAUUCCGGUGCUCAGCCGGACUCAACUGAAUUUUUCAACAAGUUUUAGUCACUUUGCCCUCACGAAUCUGCACAAGAAUCACACAAGAACUGGACUGGGUCACCCCCCGACGUCCUCCGCGUAAAUGUUACUGGGUCACCUCAGCCACGAAACACCUACACAGAAGGUCACCUCCACACCCGUCAUAAAACACUCGAUCACACUUGACUUUGUUGUAAUAUGUACAUCCAUGUAAUAUCUUAACUAUUGUAUUUAAAUCGUAAUAAAUCGUAAUUAGAUGGUAUGCAAGAAGUGGACUCAUAA